UCUCAGAUUUCCAGCUAUUUCACUGCGCAGGCACAAGCCAUAAACAAUAACAAGCCCAAAGGACAGAGAUAAGCAGUCGACUUCUACAGCGAUCCGUUAUGGAGGCGGAGAUGGAUCCGGAGGAAAAAAGGCCAAGCUCGGAGCUGCGGAAGGUGCGUUCCCGCGACGCGGCACGCUGCCGGCGGAGCCAGGAGACCGAGGUGUUCUACCAGCUGGCGCACACACUGCCCCUCCCCCGCCGCGUCUCCUCCCACCUGGACAAGGCGGCCAUCAUGCGGGUGACGCUCAGCUUCCUGCGCAUGCACAGCCUCCUCCGCUCAGGGAGCGAGAAGGCGGAGCCCCGCGCAGAGGGGCAGGGGGAGGAGGAGGAGACGAUGGACCGGUUCUACCCGCGAGCGCUGGCCGGGUUUGUCAUGGUGCUGACUGAGGAGGGGGACAUGGUCUACCUGUCGGAGUGUGUCAACAAAUACAUCGGCAUCACACAGCUGGAGCUGCUGGGACAGAGUGUUUAUGACUUUGUCCACCCCUGUGACCAGGAGGAGCUUCGGGACGUCCUGACACCGAGAACAGGCCUCUCCAAGAAGAAACAGCCAGACCAGUGGACUGAACGCAACUUCUUUCUGAGAGUGAAGAGUACGCUGACCAGUAGGGGGCGCACUGUCAACAUCAAGUCUGCUACUUGGAAGGUCCUGCAUUGCACGGGCCACAUGCGGACAUACUGUGGCAAGGACGACGCAUCGCCCCCUACUGGCAGCUUCCUGACACUGCUGUGCGAGCCCAUCCCCCACCCCUCCAGCGUGGAGUUCCCCCUGGACCGCAGCACCUUCCUCACCCGACACAGCAUGGACCUGCGCUUCACACACUGUGAGGGCAGGGUGACCGAGCUCGUGGGAUACAGCCCGGAUGACCUGAUUGGCCGCUCCGCCUACGAGUUCCACCAUGCCCUGGACUCUGAUCAUGUGACCAAGAGCCUGCACAUCUUGCUGUCCAAAGGGCAGGUGUGCACCAGCCACUACCGCUUCCUGGCCAAGAGCGGGGGCUUCGUGUGGGCCGAGACGCAGGCCACCGUCAUCUACAACAGCAAGACCUCGCAGCCCGAGGCCGUGGUCUGCCUCAACUUUAUCCUCAGUGGUGUGGAACAGGCAGACGUGGUCUUCUCUGUGGAACAGACCCAGUGCCUCCUGAAGCCCAAGAAGGAGCCGGAGGAGGAGAUCGGCACGGACACCAGCGCCCAGCUCUUCCUCAAGCUGAAGGAGCGUCCAGAGGAGCUGCUGCAGCUGGCGCCCGCCACCGGUGAUGUUGUCGUUCCCCUGACAGGCCACACCGAGCCAGUGGACCUGUCAUUCUGCCGGCCUCCCAGCCCCAAUUCUGUCCCCGAUUUCCCCCGCGACCUCUGCACCCCGGAGCUGCGCCAGCUCCUCUCGCCCAUUUUCGACGGGCCCACUGCCGUCCCCUCGCCCGCUUCGAGCACGAGCGAGGACCUGCCGAUGGACAAAGACGAGGUUGAGAAGUUCUUCGCCGCCAAGCCAGAGGACAGCCCACAGCCAAACGGCAAGCCAGAGGACAUGGAGAGCAUAGACCUGGACAUGCUGGCUCCGUACAUCUCCAUGGACGACGAUUUCCAGCUGACCUUCCUGACUCAGCUGCCCGAGGCCGACCUCUCCUCCCCAGAGUCGCCCACCCUCAUAAACAGGAAACGAGGUCGGGAUCUGGAUGAAGACCAGCAGUACACCGCGCCGGAUAAGAAGCAAAGACACACCGAAGACGAGGACACGCUGCUCCUGCACCACGCCCUGCUGGGCUCUCUGGUGGAUGGGGACGAUCCGGACGAGCUGGAGCCCCUCCCGAGCCGCAGCCAGCUCCUGACGGACAGGGACCCCAUCCUGGGGGAGGCACCGGCGCUCUGCAACACUGCAGCCCUGAUGAGUACCUUCUUGUCACGCCCGCCCGACUUGAUUGGCCUGAAGUCGAGGCCCGUGUCACCGCUGACCUGAGCUGGCCAACCGCCUCGCCCCCCCGAGCUGGAGUCACCCGUCCACACUCUCACAUGACACAAGGGAUACACUCUGGCCCAGCAUUCUACACCGUCCGAACUCCAACUGGUGACGCCAUGCUCCAACACUCAUCCAGCACACAAGAGACCCAUCCCACAGAGGGAGGAGGACAUUUCAAAUGAGAAUCAUCAGUUCGGAGUGGGUCUCCUUCCCCCUCAUCUUUAAAGUGCUCUCCAUGGACCAGACUCACACACCUAGCUUUACAGUACACAGACCCCUGUAGGAGGCAGUGUCAUGAGGCUGUAGCCAUCUCGUCCAUUUCAUCCAAUCUUGCCGAGCACAGCGGCAUUCUGACACAAUCUCAACUCAGUUCAGCAGUCAGUUUUAAAGGGGCCAGCUGUCUUUUAAAACACUAAGCAAUCGUGGUGCUCUUGUCCUCAGAAUCGGCUGGGGGAUUCUGGGAUUGAUCAAAGCUAUACGCACAAAUAAGCACACCCUGAGGUACUGAGGUGAAGACGCGUUUUUCGGGUAAUGCAAACAUACUUGUUCCUGCAUGAGGUCUUGACCCAGAAAUAAGUUUGAAGUGAAAUUUUACCCAUCGCAGUCUUCAUGUCAGUACUGGCCAUGUUCUUAUGGUCUUUUGUUAUUGUGAUUUUUAUUUUUUUCUUUUCACUUUUGAGGAAUUUUAACUGCAUCAGCUACAUUCUACGUUCUACUACCACACAAUAUUGCCUCAGAAAUAGCAUGCAUUUGUAAGCUUGAAAUUAUACCUCAUGACAAUAUCAGGUGACAGUGCUGGGUCAUUUUGCAAACCCAGCCAAUUUUCAAUAUCAAGGUCAAUAAGCCAUAACUGUAGAACUGGUGAACAGUGAACUCAGACGAAAAGGAAUUGUCUUACCUCAGCUGCAGAACAGUUUGUAAGGAAACCUUUGACUGCACACCCACCGAAGGACCCACUAUACUGCUGACACCACAGUCUCAAUUAUCAGGUAAUUCAAGUAAUUCAGUGGCAUCUUUUUUAUAUCAUCUUUUAUAUACUUUUACUCGCUAGACUUGUUUAAAGCUAUAGCCAGUCAACAAAGAACGCAUAACUAAAUAUUAGUUUUUGAUAUGUACAUUCUGUGUAGUGGUACAGCAUAGGAGUGUGUACUGCUCCAAGUUUUUGAGUUUUUUGCUUUUGUAGUUUGUUUUUUAAUCUUGUAUGCUUUUCAGGUUGCAUCAGGUAAAACUGGUCAUUCUUGGUUUUGAAAAGAUUCUGCGAAGCAUAUCGGCAUUUCAUGUGUGAACUCUGUGCAAGAGCACCAUACCCGUCGUGCCGUACUUCACAUUCUUUAAAAACGCAUUGGUGCGAAGCAGCAGUUAAGCAUUAAACACUCGACUGAGGCCACCUGGGCUAACUCACUUUGACCCACCAGCAGAUGGGUUCAGUUUUGGGGCAGAACUGACAUUCGUCUCCAACCCAUCGACACUUACUUCACGCACAAACCUUCUUGUGAAAGUUGCCUCAGGUGAAUAACAGGAGAAUGCCUAUGCUAUGACAACAAAACGUUGCCUCAAAACUUUUUUCCAAAUCAGGUUCACAGCAGGUGGUUCACAUAUUGACUUAGCCCUGAAAGGGUUCCACCCGUACAUACAAAGGUAUGUCUUUUUUUUUUUUUUUUUUUUUUUUUUUUUUGAAGGCAAGUUUCUCAGAAGGACAUACUCAAGUAUGGUAAUGCGCACAGUACGUACCCUUAGAUUGUAAACGCUGUUGACACUUUCCACGAGUCAGCUCGGUUCAAUUCCCGUUUUACCACUUUGCUCCGCCCACUUAACCCUUCAUGCUUAAUGUAAAGCAAUUGCUGCCAGCAGCUUUUGACAAAAUAUAUAUAUGAUAUAUAUGUAUAUGUUUAAAAAAUGGAAAAUGCAUGUAAUAGCCUUCUACCAACAGCUUGUGUUUGGGUCGCUGUUUGUAUUGUCCCAGUCUUUCUCUGGUGAGAAAAGAUAAGGAAAACAAGCUGAAAUUAAAGCUUCAGUCAGGUACUCCAUGCCACAGUUUCCUAUUGUGUGUCCACAUUAUGGAAUGUUUACAAAAGCAUUAAGCUGGAAUCAGAAAAAAAGCUUAGAUCUGCAGAGCUUCAAUUCUGUAAAUUCAAUCCAUAAAUAAAAGCAAAUAAUGUGCCAAAAAAAGAUAUUUCAUGGCCAGAAUUUUAAUUUUGUUGCUGUUGAAAGGCAUUUUUGAUAAUUGGUCUUGUGAUCCUGAGAUUUAGUUUGAGAUUCAACUCUCACCACAAAAAACGUCUUUCUGCCCCUAAAUUACAUGGCAGCCUAAUUUUUGCUGCUCUGUGGAUUUGCUACUUUCUUAUGGUUGAUUGGUUGUAAUCACAUUCAUACCAGUUACAGUUUUGGGUCCACAACUGUUUGGGAGAGAAAUGUUGUUACAGUUGUUGGGGGAAGUGGUUUGAUUUCUUUAACUUCUCCAUUGUCCGUUUACGUUAAUAGCAAUUUACUGCAGUGAGAGGGUGCAUUUUUGCCAGUUGGCACAGCUUCAUGGCAUUUAAUCUUUUUUGCAAGUAUCUUAAGAAAUAUGUAGCAUUAAAUGCUUUCAAAGCAUCAGCUGAUUAAUCUGUCUGGUUAAUAUGUUACUCAUAAAUCUUGCAUUGUAUUUUAAAGUGGCUACAACUUGGCACAAAACUAUGUUUGUGUCUCAGGUUGUUUCAUCCUUGAGAUCAAUAGCAUGGGUUGUAAUAUGACGUCAGUAUACUGCCAGAUACUCGUGUACCUCUAAAAAAUGGUUCUCCCUUUUUUUAAAAAAAAAAGAAAAGCAUUUGUCUGAUUUCACUCAAUUUUUACAUUUUAAACCAUGUAUCUAUCACUGACUAAGAAUAAAGACAUUUUUGCCAUUGC